AUGGAAGUAUUGGAUAUUAUACAAUCCUUCGACAACCUAAAUUCACGAAUAACUCGAAUUAUCUCAAGUGUUCGAAUGCAUGUCAAAUUAAGUAGAAAAAUCAAAAUAGAACAAUUUGAUCAUUUCUGUUCGUCAAUAUUGUAUAGAAUGAACAAGAAAAUUGUAUCAUUAAAUAUGUCAGAUGAAUAUUCACCAGGAUUAAUCGGACGAUUCAAUUCAAAAUUUUCCAUCGAUUAUUUUCAAAAUUUAAAAGCAUUAACAUUGAAUAAAGUGUGUGGACAAGAAUUAUAUAGCAUAUUAACAAAAUUACACAUGUUAAAACAAUUGAUUUCCCUCAGUAUUAAUAGAGAUUGUGAUAUACGAGAUGAAGAUAAUAAAAUGAUUUGUCAAAUCAUAUUUAGUAACCAAUUAAAAUUGUUGAAAUAUUGUAAAUUACCGUUCUAUCGAAGUGAAUUUAGUGAAAAAGUGACUAAAAAUGACACACUAAUUAUAAAAAAAUUAAGCAUUGGUGUUUAUUGGUUUCGUGAUAUUUUACUAUUAUUCCAGCAUGUACCUCAAAUUAAAGAUUCACGUAUGCAAGUGUGUAAUGAACGAAAAUCAUCGUCUACACGUUUUCUGUCUAAUGUAUUAGGGAAUUCUUUGAUCGGUAUCCAACAUUUGUUGACUCGCUUUGAAUUAUCUAUAAACAACGAUUAUUUUUCAUUCGGCGAUAUUAAAUCAAUUCUAAAAUAUUUACCUCAGCUUAAACAAUUUUCGUUUUCAGCGUUGACUUGUGGUUUCAUAUAUUUGUUCAAAGGUGAUUCCUGGGAAAACAUGUUAUCAAGGUAUACACCAUUGUUAGAAAAAUUUUCGUUUUAUGCUGAAUGUCGGAUACAUCGAAUGAAAUUACACGAUUACAAUAUCAAUACGGAUGACAUGUUAUCAGAAUUUAAAACCAAUUAUUAUUUUAAUCAUGGAUGGUAUUUUAUUUGUGAUUAUUAUGCAACGUACGAUUCAAACCGUAUAGUGUCCAUCUAUACAAUACCAUGCCACGGGAAACAUUUUGCGGUGCAAUCUGAUACGUUAGAAUCUAGUACAACAGCAUUAUUGGAUUCAUCAUUUCCACCAACUGUCAUAUAUAAUAAAACUGAAUCCUUACAUCUGCUAUCGAAGGUGAUGGAUAAUAUACAAAAUCGCCGUUAUUCAGCUGUUACCUCACUACGUAUUUCUCGUUCGUAUUGGCAAAUAAAGCCUCAACCCAUUACAUGGUCUGAUACAUUUUUAACUGAGAUACAACAGUUAGUUGUAUGCUCAAAAUUGAGAAGACUAUCACUAUGUGAAAAUAUAGACACAAAGAUCCUGAUUGAAAUUUUAACUCGUUCGAUCAAUGUUCAUACGAUGGAUAUUGAAUGUGAUAUAUUGUCUAAAUUUCUACUGUCUGAUUCAACAUUGUGUUCACUAAUCAAUCAGAUGAUAAAAACGUUAAACUUAGAAUUAAAUGAUAAUCUAUUCAAAUUUGAUAUUGUGGAAGAAUUUUGUUCAAAAUUCUCGAAUAUUGAAUGUCUUUAUAUUAACAUCGAUACAAUAGAUGAAAUUUAUCUAAUACUACCCGUAUUAUUGACAAAACUGACUCAUUUAACUUAUUUGAAUGUUUAUUACACUGGUAUGGGAGUAUUUCACUUAAAUCACAAUAUUGAAUCAUGGUUAGAAGAAAAAACGCAAUUAUCGAAAGAAUGGAUUAUUGAUUCCAAUGACUAUUAUUUAGCUAUCUGGAUUUAA